AUGGUUGUUGCAGGGCAAUAUUGUCAAGCCCAAAUCAGCGUGAUGCUCGUGAUGCUGCUGCGAGACAACGACAAACGAAUGCCUCUUCCGUCUUUCCUCGAGCCUCUUGACUCUCUGCAUCACGCCAAUGCAGAAUACCGGCAUGCCACGCAUAAGAUAUCGCUUGGAACAGUCCAUUCUCUUUGGUGGUCGACUCGCUCUGGCAAUUUGCCCGACACAGUUGUACUAUUCAAGCCCGGAAAUCCCGGUUUAGUGGAGUUCUACGUUCCGUUUCUAUCUGCUAUACGCAAAAAAUAUCAUUCCAACAGUCUUGCCAUACUUGCCCAUUCACACCUGGGUCAUAGCUUCGCCCUUCCUUACUCUCAAUGCAACUUGACGUCCCAGGUCCAAGGCGGUAUCGAAGCAGUAGACGCCCUGGUUGGGUACUAUGGGAAAAGUGUCAGAAUUGUUGUCAUAACGCAUAGCAUUGGAUGUUGGAUUUCUCUGCAGGUCCUAAAAGCACGUCCUGAGAACAUUGCGAGUCUCCAUCUGAUAACACCAACAAUCCGAUAUAUAGCCGAUACGCCAAAUGGGCGCUCGCUAUCAUGGCUUUUCCAUCCAUUUCCCCGAAUCGUUGCCUCCAAGUUGACGAGCUUCCUCGGCGCUUACGUCCCUGCCUUCUUGCUCAAAUUUCUAUUCUGGGAUUGGCCAGCCCAUCAAAUCACUGUUCUUCAGAGGCUUCUCAGCUCACCCGAGUCUGUUUUAGCUUGCUUGGAAAUGUCGCACGACGAGAUGCAAUCGGUCAAAGAAGCUGACUUUGAACUCCUCGCCUCUCAUGACAAUCGGAUCCGGAUUUACUUUGCUGGCAAAGACGGAUGGGUUGGCAAACAUAAGGAGGUUAUCAUAUCUGAACUAAAGACGUCUUCUCCACGUAUCGCUGUCGCUGUCGGUCCCGAUGUUCCUCACGCCUUCUGCAUCAAUCAUAGUCAACAGGUCGCUCUGCGAUGCCUCCAAUGGCUUGCUGAUUUGCCAUAG